CCGCCUUCGCCAUUUGGCCAAAAAGUAUGAAGUAUCAUACACCGCCCUCUUCGGACAUUUUGUAUCACUCGUCUCUCCAAACGUCUCAACUUGUAGAUCCAACACCCCAUCCCUUCUCGACUUUCUAUCAAACACGGGCCAACGCUGAUUUGAGCCUCAAUUGGUCUCCACUCCCCACCCAUCAACACAAAUUUCACAAAUUUCCCAAAUCCCCCCUUGAUCUUCACUUGGAUCAGACGAGAACCGCACCAAAAUUCCACAAAGGCUUGUGCCCUUUUGCUUCAACACGCCUCUGUAUGAAAAGAUCGGAAACCAUAGGCCAAGAACAUCCAGGCCAUCCUUCGAGAAUCGGAACCAUUUUUGUCCAUCGUUGCUCGGAUGUCAGCUGUCAGUGAACAUCAGAUUCUCGGAACAAGGCCCGUUCUCUCACAAAUCCCCCAUUUCCACCAUCUUCAACCUCAUCGCCGGUACGAGCUUAGCAGUGACCCCUGGUUCCAAUCUCUCACAAACCCCCAAGUGGAUCCCGGAGCCGUGCUGUUGCUCAGUUACCAAGGCGGCCACAGUCCAAGGGCCAAUAGAUAUAGACUCGAGCCCUACUGCUUGUCCCUUUGUUUCCCAGCGCAGUGCACUCGACGUGUUCAAUAACAUUCUCUCUUGCUCCCUUCGUGUGUUUACUCCUUCGCCCACAUUCUUUCUACACCACUCCGCCGGUUCGGAUUUUAACUUCGAUUCGACGCCUUCUCUAUCGACAGUUUUGAAUUAUCGCCUUAUUUACCCAUUUCUAAUCCGACUUUCGCUAUAGCGCUAAUUAUAAAUUUGUUUGGAUUAUUUGGAAAGGGAAUUGAAUAGGGAUAUCGACGGAAGAUUAGAAGGAAGGAAAUCAUAUCUAUUACAUCGACAUCAUGGGAAAACUCAUCAAGAAUCACUGGGCUCGACUCAUCAUCCUCACCGCUUCAGCUUGUACGUCGUCUCAUGUUGAAUCACAUCACACUUUAUACUAAUAUAUAUUCUCUAGAUCAAGUAGUAGCUGGUAUUCAUGGAUUCUUCUGGCCAAAGAUCUUUUGGGACUUCCUCACCAAGAACCUCGACAUGGCCGUAAAACCACUUCCCGUACUCCAAAUACUAAACGUCAUCUUUGGAGUUUUGAUAUUCGCCUGGGAAUGGCCUCUUGGUUUUAUUGCUGGAUCAUCGUUACAUAGAAGUAUCGAAGCAAGAUUGGUGGCUCUGCCUUUAGCGACUUUGGCAGCGGCGUUGUUGUAUCAGGGAAGCAAUGCAGCGAUUUAUUAUGUGGUUGGAAUAAUUAUUUAUUUCAUGGCGUAUGCUGAUGGAGAGGUAUGUUUUCUUGUCACGGGAUUGGGAAGGAUGGAAGCUAAUGAUCACAGGUUGUUGUUGAGAAACCAUGGUCACUUCCUCCUAGAAAGGGUGUUGGGAAGGUGUAGAUGAUUUUUUUUGGAUACCCUCAAUCGAUCCGACAUCCCACAGCGCCACAACCAAAAACCAACUACACGAUCACGAUGCAGCGCGCUUGCUUUAUUUCUCCUAUAAUUAUGUCCCGGCGAUUUUUCUGGAGCUGGGUGGAUCUGUGUAUGGACGGUCGAAUAUCGAACGACGAGAACCUGG